CGUCGAGACUCUCGUGUGAGUCCGUAAUUAUUUAUUCUUUAAUUAAAAUAAUAAUAAACUAUCGAGUUGUAAUCAUAAUCGAACGAUCCAGAUUCAACCUCAUACAAUUACCACUAGAUCCAUGGUACAUGACAACGUAGCAGAGUCCUUCUCUCCUUCUUUUCCCUCUUUUGUUUUUUCCUCUCCCUCUCAUUUUUUUUCUAAACCAACUAACCGCAAAAACCAAAAAAACCCAAAAAAAAAAAAAAACUCUUCUCUCUCUCUCUUCUCCGUUUCUCUCUCUGUCGGAGAGAGUGCCGGGAUCGCGCGUCGGCGGGAAUAGUAUCACCGGAAAAUCUUAAAAAUCAUCGCCGGUCACACGAAUUAUUCGUUGGAAACAACGCGUCGUGAGAGGAGGGGAAAUUCGAAAAACAAAAAAAAAAAAAUUUGAAAACGCCGAUUCACUUUUUUUUUAUAUAAUAUAUUUUUUUCUUUUUCGGAAUUAAAUAUUCUGUGAUGGAUGCGAUUGGAUAGAAGGAAACAAAAAGGAAAGGAGGAAGAUAAAAGAGAGCAGACGAAUUAUUCUCUUCACUUCUCUCUCUCUCUUUCAUCUCUGUCUACAUCGCUGUGUUUUUUCUUCAAGGAUCGUGAUACCUGAAGAAGAAGAAGAAGAAGGGGAAGUUGUGAUAUGGUUCGUUGAAAUAAUAUUAGAAGUUUUUCAUUCUGGUUUUUUUAGUCAAAUUUUGUUGUCAUCUGCACGAUGCCGUCUGAUAUUAUGGAACAGAGAGGUGUUUCAACACCUUCCCACUUUCAUGAAGAUAUUCAUAUUACUUCAGAGAGGCAAUUUGGGUUUAUGAAAACAGACCUGAUGCCUGAAAACCAAGGUGGUCGUGAUAGACUUUCAAGUAUGCCAAAGAGUUCCUGGACACCUGAAAGUUACCAGCUGAGGCCACAAUCUAGUUUUUCUGGGUCACACCCCUCUGUUAGCCCUAACGCAAGAAACACUACAAAUGGUAGUCAGUGGGAAAGCAGUUUAUUUUCCAGCUCAAUGUCUGAUUUGUUUAGUAGAAAACUGCGGCUACAAGGAAGUGAUAUGCUAUCCACUAUGUCUGCAAACACAGUUGUUACCCACCGUGAAGAAGAACCGUCUGAAUCUUUAGAAGAGAUUGAGGCACAAACUAUUGGAAAUCUUCUCCCAGAUGAAGAUGAUCUUUUUGCGGAAGUGACAGGUGAGGUUGGGCGUAAAUCUCGUGCUAAUACUGGAGAUGAUUUGGAUGAGUUUGACCUCUUCAGCAGUGUUGGUGGCAUGGAACUAGAUGGAGAUGUUUUUUCUUCUGUGAGUCAUAGAAAUGGUGAGAGAGGUGGCAAUAAUUCUUUUGGCGAACUUCAUCGUGGGGAAAUUCCAUCCAGAACACUUUUGGUCGGAAAUAUCAGUAGCAAUAUCGAAGACUAUGAGCUGAGGGUCAUUUUUGAGCAAUUUGGAGAAAUCCAGGCUCUUCAUACAGCUUGCAAAAAUCGUGGCUUUAUCAUGGUAUCGUUCUAUGAUAUAAGAGCUGCUCAGAAUGCGGCGAGAGCACUCCAGAAUAAGCUGUUAAGAGGAACAAAACUUGACAUUCGUUAUUCUAUCUCUAAGGAAAAUCCUUUAGAAAAAGAUACAUGUAAAGGAGCCUUGUUGGUUAAUAAUCUCGAUUCUUCUAUUUCGAAUCAAGAGCUCAAUCGCCUUGUCAAAUCAUAUGGAGAGAUCAAAGAGAUCCGUAGAACCAUGCAUGAUAACCCACAGAUAUACAUAGAGUUCUUUGACGUUCGAGCUGCUGCAGCUGCUCUUGGUGGACUAAAUGGACUUGAGGUUGCCGGGAAGAAGCUUCAACUUGUGCCGACCUGUCCAGAGGGUACAAGAUACACGUCACAGUGUGCUGCACAUGACGCUGAAGGGUGUUUACCUAAAACGUCUUAUAGUAACACAUCAUCGGGACACAUAGGUAGACAUUUCCCAGGAAUGAUGUCUUCAACCUCCAAUGAUGGUGGAUCUAUGCGGGUUAUACAUAAUUCUGUCGGAUCACCUGUGAAUUCCUUCAUUGAACGGCAUCGGAGUCUCAGCAUUCCUAUUGGAUUCCCACCCUCAGCAAACGCCAUCUCAGCCAGCAAGCCUGUAGGACUUCAGGAGCAUGGCCACCAUUUUGAUAAUUCAAAUAUGGGGAUCCAAAGCAUGCCAAAUCUCCAUCCUCAUUCUUUUUCAGAUUACGUGGACAACUUUGCAAAUGGUAGUCCAUAUAAGUCCUCUGCAUUUUCUGAAAUGGUCAAUGAUGGCUCAAAAGCAAAUGAAAGCUUUAUGAUACAUAAUGUUCGUGGAGUGGAUGGCUUUAGUGGAGGGGGUAUAGGAUCUCCCAUGCAUCAAAGCUCCCGCCGCCCUAACCUUAAUUUAUGGAGCAGCUCUAACACUCAGCAACAGAAUCCGUCAAGUGGUAUGAUGUGGCCUAACUCGCCAUCUCACAUCAACAGCAUUCCUACUCAGCGCCCACCUGUUACUGUAUUCUCUAGAGCACCUCCUAUAAUGGUGAAUAUGGCAUCUUCUCCUGUGCAUCACCACAUUGGAUCUGCGCCGGUAUUAAACUCGCCUUUCUGGGAUAGAAGACAAGCCUAUGUAGCUGAAUCUCUAGAAUCAUCUGGCUUCCAUAUAGGUUCUUCACCCUCACAUCCAAUGGACAUUGGUUCUCAUAAGACUUUCUCUGUUGGUGGGAAUCGCAUGGAUGUAACUUCCCAAAAUGCUGUACUGCGAUCUCCUCAACAGUUGUCUCAUCUCUUUCCUGGAAGGAGUCCAAUGGGUUCGAUGCCAGGGUCGUUCGACUCGCCAAAUGAAAGAUAUAGGAAUCUCUCUCACCGUAGAAGCGAAUCUAGUUCUAGCAAUGCUGACAAGAAACUGUAUGAGCUUGACGUUGACCGUAUAUUACGUGGGGAUGACAGGAGGACAACGUUGAUGAUUAAAAACAUUCCUAACAAGUACACUUCUAAGAUGCUUCUAUCUGCUAUUGACGAGCACUGUAAAGGAACUUAUGAUUUCCUUUAUUUGCCAAUUGACUUCAAGAACAAAUGCAAUGUGGGAUAUGCUUUCAUCAAUCUUAUUGAACCUGAAAAGAUUGUCCCAUUUUUUAAGGCAUUUAAUGGGAAAAAGUGGGAAAAGUUCAAUAGCGAGAAGGUGGCAACGCUUACGUAUGCUCGUAUCCAAGGGAAAACAGCUCUUAUUGCCCAUUUCCAGAAUUCAAGCUUAAUGAACGAAGACAAACGUUGCAGACCUAUUCUCUUCCACACUGACGGUCCAAAUGCUGGUGAUCAGGAACCAUUUCCAAUGGGAAGCAACAUACGGUCAAGACCAGGAAAGCCACGAAGCAGUAGCAUUGAUAACUACAACAGCUUUAGCAUCUCUUCCGUUUCUGAAAACCGGGAAGAACCUCCUAAUGGAACUGAUCCGUUCUAACUAAUGAGCAAAACGAAACAAAAAGGAGACCUGAAGAUAACAAGAAGGUUAAAUAUAUAUAUAAAGUAUUAUUAUUAUAUGAUAUCAUCCACACACCCUAGAGUUCUGUAAAUCGGGGGUCUUAGAUUUACCCUGACAAAACUCAUUUUGCAGUGAAGAAAUUUUUUGGAGAGAUGAAAAACUUUGUUGACGACAAACCUUUUACCCAGGUUGUUGUUGCUUCACCAGUUUUGUUGUAUUAUCAAAAUCCCCUGAGAAAUAUUGCAGGUUUUUUUUUUUUUUUUUUUUUGGGUUUUUGGGUUUACAUUCAAGGAUUUUUGGUUCUUGCUAUCAAUGUAUAACAGCCUUGGAUUACACUCAGCUUCUCUGCUGGCUUUUUGUGGCCAUUCCAUGUUGUAUGCUUCUUUCAUUUGGAUAUAUAAAAUAUUAUUUUUUCA